AAUAUAAAUAUACAUAUAUAUUUAGUUAGAAGAAGAACCCGAAAGGAAAAUGGAUCUUAGUCUCGAACGCGAUAGCUCGGCGCUGGGCAGCUUGUUUCAACAGAUCAUCAAUGACAUGAAGAACACAUCUCCACUAUGGGAGGACUUUGUGGCCAAGGCUAGCAAGCUGCACACAUGUCUGCGCGCUGCUAUUCAAGCAAUUGCCGCCUAUUUGGAUGCCUUCCAAAAGAUCGCCGAUGCAGCAACCAAUUCCAGAGGUGCAUCGAAGGAGAUCGGCACCGCCUUGACGCGCGUUUGCCUGCGCCACAAGGCGGUCGAGACGCGCUUGAAGACCUUCACGAGCGCCAUUAUGGACUGCCUUGUGCAGCCGCUGCAGGACAAGAUCGAGGACUGGAAACGCACCGUGGCCACCAUCGAUAAGGACCAUGCCAAAGAGUAUAAGCGCUGUCGCAGCGAGCUGAAGAAGCGCUCCAGCGAUACGCUGCGCUUGCAGAAGAAGGCGCGCAAAGGACAGACGGAUAACAGCCUGCAGUCCCUGAUGGACUCUCAUAUGCAGGAUGUGACACUGCGUCGCGCCGAGCUGGAGGAGGUGGAGAAGAAGUCACUGCGUGCGGCCAUGGUCGAGGAGCGUUUGCGCUUCUGUAGCUUUGUGCACAUGCUGCAGCCGGUGGUGCACGAGGAAUGUGAAGUGAUGUCCGAGCUAGGACAUCUGCAGGAGGCCAUGGAGUCGAUUGCUCUGGUCACCAAGGAGCCGACCGUGCUGCCCCAAGCGUCGGAGGAGCUCAUACACGACGCUAAGGCCAGCAUUAAUUUAUAUCCCGAGUCGCCAGGUGGCGGCUCUGGCUCGCAGGGCGGCGGCUGUUCCAAUUCCCUGGGCUCCCGCAAGAGUUCCGUUUGCUCCAUUAGCAGCAUGAACAGCAGCGGCUCCAGCAACUCGCCGGGUCAUCAUCACUAUCAGCGUUCGCUGUCGCAGUUUGUAACGCCCGCAAUUCGCUUGAAACCUGGUGAAUCCAGUGAUAGUGGCUUUUGCUCAUCGCCCGCGCUAACAACACAGGCUUCCACUGCAACCAAUCAAACACAUGCUGUCUCCACUUGGCCGCCACAUUCCCAGGAUGCUGUUGACACUCUGCCACCGACUGCCGAUCGUCCGCACACGAUUUCCACCACCUACGAGAAGGGACAUCAGCGUCCGCCCUUGACUGUAUACACGUUCCAAAACCCCGAGACCAUACACGAGUCCAGCAGCAGUGGCAGUCUCAUAACAGCAGCUGCUCCUCCCGCUGGAGCUGCAGCUGGAGCAGCGCCUGCUGGCGGAGCUAAUUCGGGAGGUCAAACGACGCCUGCUCCACAAAAGUCACCAGCUGCAUCGCUGAGUCGUCCGCCGUUGCCAGUUAAGCCGGCACAUGUGCGCUGCUCCUCGCUGGAACGUCCGCUUUCUGCGCAGAGCAAUCAUCGACAGAAUAGCGGACAGAACUUGCUGCAGCGCCAGUGCCCCUCCCCGAUUCCGGCUCAUAUCACGAAAGAGCUGUCCGCCGCACAUCAUGCACAGCAGCAACAGCAACAGCAGCAGCAAACACAGCAGCAGCAACAGCAACAGCAGACCACGCCCACCUAUGUUAACAUGUCUGAGCUGGCAGCUAUGAAACUAACCAAUCAGCAACAGCAGCAAUCACAACAGCAACAGCAGCAAACACAACAGCAACAGCAGCAAUCGGCAACACCUUUGCUGCAGCAACAGAGCAGCAUCGAUUCAAUAAGUUCACAGCACUCGAACGACUCGUCGACGAGCUCACUGCAGCAGCAACUGUUGCAGCACCAACAGCAACAGCAGCAGCAGCUAGCACACAUGAAUCACCAUCAGCAACGCGGCACACGCUCCCAUUCCAUAUCGUCGUCAGUGUCCUCGAAUACGGCAUCAUCGCUGCACUCGCAUCCAUCCAUCGACUCGGCUGUUGUUGGUGCUGCUGCUGCCGCUGCCAGCAACACGACGCCAUCGAGCGGCUGCUCGACGCCACAGAAUCACUAUUCACCAUUGUUAACCAACUCACCCACGUCCACUGCCGCAGGUACUCCCAGCAAUGGCAGCAUUGCCAGCGGCCUGGGCUUCGUCUACCAGGUCAGCUCGCCGACUCCGCCCGCCAGCGCCGCCCCCGAGGUGCUGAAGAUCACCGAAGCGUCAUCGUCCACAACGCCAGACACGGAUGAGCGUUCACGUGCCUCGGUGCUGCAAAAGGCCUCGAUGUUUGAGAAGCAAGCAGCAGCAGCUGCUGCCCCGCCACCAGCUCCUGUUCCAACAGCAGCAGCAGCAGUAGCCGUUGGCCCAGGGACAGCAGGACGACGUGCCGAGGAGCUGCGCGCCGUGGAGCAACAGGAAAUGGACAAAUCUUUCGAAGAUUCAAUACAAGCAUUAAAUAAUUUAAUUGGCGAAUUAGACUCCUUUCAACGUGAGAUCGAUGAGGGCAAGGGCAAGCAGCACAGCAGCAACAGCAACAGCAAUAGCAACAUCAACAACAGCAGCAGCAACAAUGUUAACAACAACAACAACAGCGGCGCCUCCAGCAGCAGCAGCAGCAACGAGAACAACAACACCAACGAGUUGUUGCUGCUGCCCGGCAACAACAUCGAUUGCUGCGCCAUCAGCAACCAGACGAACUCAAGUGGCUGCGGCACCGACAUCUCCGACACCACCUCCGAGGAGCUCGGUGCUGGCGACGGAGAUGCGCAGCGGCAGCGACAACUGGGCGCCAGCGACUCGGAGCUGAGUCGCUGCUACGUGAGCGAGACGAGCUCGUUGACGGGCGGACUCCUGGCCGGGGGCUACGAGAAUCCCACAUUCGCGCAUUUUGCCAAUCGAGAGGAUCGCGACGCGGACAUGGCGCCCAGGCAUGCGUAUGUCGACUCCUGCAGCGAUGGCGGCAGCGCAGUCGUUGUCAUCUACGACCAUCAGAUACCCAAUACACCGGACAUUGAGUUCGCCAAGCAGAACUCGGAGAUUGUGCUGAUGCGCACCAAAGAUCCGCAGCAACUGCAGCUGCACAAGAUGCGCGAGCUGCAGCAGUUGCCCGACAAUCUGGCUGGUUCGCCCGAAUCGCCGGAUGGCAUUGGUGGCUCCAGCGUCUCAACGGCAACUGUUGCGCCUGCCAAGCAGCGCCUCUCAUCGUUUCGUGCUUCCAGCGAGCAGCAGCUGCAGCUGCUCGGACGCGCCAGUCCGCACAGAGGUACGGAAAAGUUUAGCCUUAGUCUAGAGCAGCAACAACCACAGCAGCAGCAGCAGCAGCAGAAGCAGUCGCAGCAGUUAGCGAGUGAUAGCAGCAACAUUGCAGUUCGGCGUCCUUUGCCGCCCAAGCCAAUAAGCCUGAGUAUAUUCAAUGAAACGGGCAACAGCAACAGCAACAGCAACAGCAGCAGCAGCAGCAGCAACAAGCCAGUGAUACCUAGAAAAUUUGAUUUCAAGGCUGAUUUAGAUGCCAAAAUACGCAAGCAGAAGCUAAAAGUGCAGCAGCAAUUGCAGCAGCAGCAGCAACAGCAGCAGCAAGAACAUCAACAACACUCACCAACAACACCAGCAACAACCAACAGCACAACAACAACAGCAAACUGUAAUAUCACUAAACCGCCUGCCCUUAUUGCAUCCGCAUCCGCAUCCGCAUCCGCAUCUGCAUCUGUGAACAACAUCAACAACAACAACAUUAAUCAUAGCAGAACAGCAACAUCUAAUCACAGUCAAUCAUACACAACGGCAACAUCAACAAUAUCCAAUGCCACAGCAACAAUUGCAACUAAGCUGACAUUGCCAGCAUCAGGUUCAUCAUCAACCUCAUCAUCAUCUUCAUCUACAUCAACAUCAUCGCCCACAUCAACAUCAUUAGCCACAUCAGCUGCGCCCGCCUUGUUGCCCACUGUGCCUGCCAAACCAAACGCCAACUCAUUUGUGUGCCCCACUGUCAAUGCCCAUGCCACAAUCCCAGCUACAGUAAAGCCCUGCAUAACGCCCAGGCCGGCUUCGUUGUCGGGAGGAGGUGGAGGAGGAGGCUUAGGAGCGGCAGGAGUUGGCUCCACACGCAUUGCGCGUCGUUCUUCCAUCAAUCAGGCCAAGCCCCCGCCGCCAGUGAGGCGCAGCUCCUCAGUGACGCCCAGCGUUAAUAACGGGUUGCAACAGCAACAGCAACAACAACAGCCGCCGCAGCAGCAGCAGCAGCAAUUGCCGCUGCAGCACAGCAACAGCAACAGCAACAUUAGCUGCUCCAGCGAGCAUCUGCCACCGCCUCCUGCGUUUCUGCUAGAGGCUGCCACUGCGAUGCCCAGCUCGGCGCUGAAAGUGUCGGAGACGGUGCGCGCGUUGGCUGCUAUGCGGCAUCAGCCUGCCUCGCCUGUUGCGCUGCGUCGCAUUCAACAGCAGCAACAGCAGCAGCAACAACAACAACAACAACAACAUUCUCUUCAGCAGUCCAUGCACAAGCCCUUGCCUAGCCUAGAAGCCGAUUACGAGGCUUAUUAUAAUAGCUAUAUGGAGUUGCAUGCUUAUGCUCAAGCCACAACGACAAAUUACACACAGCAACAACAUCAGCAGCAGCAGCAACAUCAUCGCUUUAUUCAACAGCAGCAACAGCAACAKCCUCAGGUGCAUCAGCAACAUCAACAUCAUCAACAACAAUUGCCACCAACGCCGCCUCCUUAUCAGGCGCCGCCUCAGCUAGAUGCCUCAUAUCGCACCACAUCGCCCUGUGCUGCUGGCGCUGGCAGCAGCAUCUAUGCACAGCCGAAAAUUGUGAGCAACAUGUCCAGCUUUCGCAGCAGCAGCCCCAGUCCCAACGGCCACGCCCAUGCGCUGCCACCGACACAGCCGAAGGCCAAUCCGAAUCUAAUUGCACAGCUCAAUGCACGACUCAACAGUAAGCAACAACAGCAGCAGCAGCAGCAGCAACAGCAACAACAGCAACAACACCAACAGCAACAUGUUGCUGAGGGCAUUUAUGGCAAUGCAAUGGGCAGCGAAUCCAUUUACAUGCGCAGCGGAUUGUCCAUGCAACAGCAGCAGCAGCAACAGCAGCAACAAUUUGACGCAGCUGCGCAAACAGCAAACAUGCGACAACAGCAGCAGCAUCAGCAACAGCUGCAACAGCAGCAGCAACAUUAUACUUGCCCGCCGCCGCUUGAGGAUCCCCCACCGCCGCCCAUUUACUCGGCAACGAUGCCAAAGAAAAUGGCACGCGCCAAUGCUGCACACGGCAGCAACGGCAACAAUAACAGUGGCAGCAACAUGUCCAAUCACAUGAUGACCGCGACGCUGCCCAAAAAUAUGCUGCAACAGCAGCGUUUACAGCAGCAGCAGCAACGUUUGCAACAUCAGCAGCAACAGCAACAACAACAAUAUCAACAGCCUUCUGGCCUUGCCAUGGGCAAUGGUCAUGCUAAUCAACGUGCACCCAUGCCGCUGCCACAGCAACAGCAACAACAGCAGCAGCAACAUCAGCAACAUCAGCAGCAACAACAACGACAACCACCUUUGCCAUCGCGUCAUUCCAGCGUGCAGCAAAAGAUAUUUGUAUCAACGAAUCCAUUUAUACAGACCACAGCUGUCAAGCUGCACUCGACGCCGCCCGCCGCCUCGCCCACCUGCGGCUCACCUGUGGCGCUGGCCAGCAUUUAUGGCACCACAGCGCGUGGCGGCAGCAGCAGCAGUGCACAGCAGCAGCAACUGCAGCAACAACAGCAGCAGCAGCAAUAUUAUCGCGAAGUUGCUGGCGGCAAUAGCAAUGGAGGCGCUGUUUACUAUGCGGCUCACAACAAUAGCCACGCCCAUACGCACGCCCAUGUGCCACAUCAUUCAAACUAUGCCACUAGCACCAAUAUCGAAAAGACUGGCAGCAUUCGUGCCAAGACCAAGGCUGAAUUUCUCGAGAAUCUCAAUGCCAAGCUGGCGAAACAGGGAAUGUCUGGACGUGCAUUUGCAGUGCGAAAUCUAAUCAAUAGCAAGGCCCUGAUGUAUCAGAAUCCGCAAAGUUUGGCGCGCCCCAGUGCCCAGUAUCGUAGACCACCCACCUAUCCCAACACCAACACCAAUACCAACACCUUUAUCAACAACACCAACACCAAUACCAACUCCAUUCUCAACAGCAAUAUGAACAGCACUUGUGAUGAACAGUGUUAAGCCGGAUCCGCGUAUAUGCCACGAGUCGCUGAUGGAUCAAAUUAAGCGUGGAGCGACCUUGAAACGCAAUCAAAAGAUCAACGAUCGAAGUGCG